CAGCAGGCCGCAAAGCAUGAUGGGUAUUGAGCGCUCAAUUAUGCGAACGCUUCAUUUGACGUUUUGACUGUCGUGAUGUGAAGAGCUCUGCGAGUAUAGGAAAAAUGGAUGCUUUCGAAAGACAGGAUUUUCAAGCUGCGAUAGUGCAAAAUACUAUGAUGUAUAUGUAUUGUUGCGAUCCGCAUUACGACUUAUCUUUUACUGUACCGAGUUUACCGUUUUUUAAGCUGCAUGGGCUUUGCUGCCAUUUCGCCUUUCAUAAUACUCCGUCUGAAAGAAGACUUUGUAUUAUACCAAACACCGAAGCACUGCUUUCGAAGUUGAAUGGCCUUAAAUCUCCUUGUGUCAUCAACGUUAAAGCAAGUACUAUAUUUGAGUUUGGUACUAUCCCUGAUGAAUUUAUUCAUUGUAAAGCGGAGAGAAUGCUUUUAAUUUGGGAUUUUGAUGUGGAUCGUGUAUUGACAGAAAAUACGAGCGCUGUGGAUGCGGUUACUCCUGAUUUUGAUGACAUCGAAAUUAAUAAUGAGGACAGUGAAGAAGAUGAAAGUGAAGAAGUUGAAAGUGAUGAGGAAGAAAUCACUCAUGCUCUACCAUUCAAGUGCAUUGGAGCUGCUCAUGAACAAAGUUACCAACAUCAUCUGGAACAGGCAUAUCUUGCCCUUGAAUAUAAUGAAUCAGUAAAUGUUAGACUAAGACCAGAGCCGGAGAAUCCUCGGGACCAAAAUGCAAUUGCUAUUGAUCUUCAUUAUGGAACUCAAUGGGAAAAUGUUGGAUAUAUAGCUUCUGAACAUUGCAAGUAUUUACAUCCACUGAUUGCAGCAGGAGAUAUACUAGACGUCUAUGUUGAACACAUCAAGUUUCGGGUUAACUUUUUAAAAAUAGGAAAAUCUGGAUAA